CAGCAAGUCAGACACCGUACAGUUCUUACUUGCAAUCAUCAUCCAAAAUGGCCCCAGUAACCCGCAGCAGAAGGGAGACAAAGGCCACCGAGUCGCCCGCCAACAAAAAGUCCAAGGCUUCUACCCCCAAGUCCGACAGCAAGAAGCCUGAGAAGAGAAAGGCCACCGAAGAUGCCACCCCCGUCGCCGCCAAGAAGCAAAAGGCUACCAAGGACACCGUAGCUGCCCCUUCGCCCAAGCCCACACCCAAGACCGACAAGUCGACAUCCAAGACCACCCCCAAGGAGGACAAGAAGUCGGCACAGAAGCCCGUAAAGGAGAACAAGAAGGAGAAGAAGGAGAAGCCGGCACAGAAGGAGAAGAAGACCAAGGAGCCAACACCCGAGCCCGAGGCGCAAGAGCAGGAGGACGACAACGAGGAGGAAGAGGAGGAGCUCGACAACGAGACCCAGGCUCUUGUCGAGAACCUUGACGGCGACGACAAGGAGGAGGACAACGAGGAGGCCAGCAAACAGAUCAGUACUUUCAAGAAGGGCCAGGAUGUCGGCAAGAUUCCCAAGAAGAAGACCAAGGACGACAAGGACGCCAGUGCUACCAAGGGCAGCGGCAAGCGCGGUGUCAUGUACCUCGGUCGCAUUCCCCACGGUUUCUACGAGCACGAGAUUCGCGCCUACUUUGGCCAGUUCGGCGAGAUCACCAGACUCCGCGUUGUUCGUAACAAGAAGACGGGCGCCAGCCGUCACCGCGCUUUCGUCGAGUUCGCCGACGCCGAGGUUGCCGACAUUGCCGCCCGCACCAUGGACAAGUACCUCCUCUUCGGCCACAUCUUGACCGCCAAGGUCGUCCCUCCCGCACAGGUGCACAAGGACCUCUUCAAGGGCGCCAACCGUCGCUUCAAGGUUAUCCCCUGGAACAAGAUGGCUGGCAAGCAACUCGAGAAGGCCCUGCCUGAGUCCAAGUGGCAGGGUAAGAUCACCAAGGAGGAGCAGAGGCGGGCGGCCAGAGCUGCCAAGCUCGCCGAGAUGGACUACGAGUGGGAGGCGCCCCAGCUCAAGGCCGCUGAGGCCAAGGAGCCCGCGCUCCUGACCGCUGCUGAGGAGGAGCCCGUCAAAGCUAUCGAGGCUCCGGCGGCUGCUGAGGAGAAGAUCGAGGAGAAGGCUGAGACCAAGGAGGAGGAGACCAAGGAAGAGGAGGAGCCCAAGUCGACAAGGAAGCGGGCCGCGGCCACUCCCAAGAAG